CAACCCCCCACCCUACCCCACCCCGCUGGACAAGGAUCGCCAUGACAACGGGAGAGUGUUGUCACCUCCCGGGGUCUCUAUGUGACUGUGCAGGAAACACAGACCUAUCAAAAACCGUGGAGGACUCUGACAUCCGCCAGGCGCAGUACGUCACCCAGGUGACGGCCAAGGACGGGCGGCUGCUGUCCACUGUCAUCAAGGCCCUGGGCACCCAGAGCGAUGGCCCCAUCUGUCGGAUCUGCCACGAGGGGGGCAGCGGGGAGGGCCUGCUGUCCCCCUGUGACUGCACCGGCACACUGGGGACGGUGCACAAGAGCUGCCUGGAGAAGUGGCUGUCCUCGUCCAACACCAGCUACUGCGAGCUGUGCCACACCGAGUUCACCGUCGAGCGCAGGCCCCGCCCCCUCACAGAGGUAACCAAGUGGCUGCGGGACCCAGGGCCGCGUAAUGAGAAGCGCACUCUGUUCUGUGACAUGGUGUGCUUCCUGUUCAUCACUCCGCUGGCCGCCAUCUCGGGCUGGCUGUGCCUGCGCGGGGCCCAGGACCACCUGUACUUCAACAGCAGGCUGGAGGCGGUGGGUCUGAUCGCCCUCACCAUCGCCCUCUUCACCAUCUACGUCCUCUGGACUCUGGUGUCUUUCCGCUACCACUGUCAGCUGUACUCAGAGUGGAGACGGACCAAUCAGAAGGUCCGGCUGCUGAUCCCCGACGCCAAGGGGGCGCACUCUACCCAGCAUUCCUUGCUUUCCACUAAGCUGAUGAAGAAAACGGCGGAUGAGACCAUAGUAUGAGCA